AUGCCCCGGAAGCGAGUGAGUUUAAUCCACAUACAGCUGGUGUUAACGGCGGCUUGCUCUUCCUCGGCGCCGCCCCUCUUCCCGCUCACGCUUCUCCUGCUGGCGGAUCGCUGCGAGGCGGCGGGCACAGCCUGCGACAACAACGUGCCAUGCUCUUCUGGAUGCCCUACCGGCGAGUAUGGCACAUCGCUGUGCGACGGCACCUUCACGGGCACCAGGGUGGAUCUGGACAACCAAGAGCUGUCGGGCACCAUCCCUCCGCAGCUGGGUGACAACUCGCAGCUGCGGGAACUUUACCUAGACGGCAACGCCGUCUCGGGCACCAUCCCUGCGGAUAUGCGCAGACUCUGGCAGCUGCAGAAUCUUUACCUGCACGGCAACUCCAUCUCGGGCACCAUCCCUGAGACGGACAAGUGGUGGCAGCUGAAGGAACUCUACCUGUACAACAAUGACAUCUCCGGAACGGUGCCGUCGCAGCUCAAGGACCUGCCUCUGAAGUACUGCAAGCUGGGCGGCACCAACCAAUUCGCCUGCCCCCUGCCCGCCCUUCCCGAUAUCUGCAUCUCGGGCUCGUACUACCCGACGGAGCGCAUUGUGUAUACCGAGGCGGUGCCCGGGCUGUCUGCAGUGGUGGUCUACCGUCACCCCGCCAGCGGCCCGGCGGGUUCGGCUUAG